GCAGAAUACAACUUUCUACAUCAGAUGAAAUAUAUGUUAAAGAAAGCAUUAAAAAUAAGAAUAACAAAUCAUACCGCUCUUCAUUACCAGAACCUCCGCAACCUAUUAUGAAUAAGUCCAAUGCUAAAAAGAUGCAAAAUGUUAUUCUCAACAAGCUUGCAGAAAUAAAAGUUCUUUUAAAAGAAGUUAUAGAAAUUAAGUUUCAGGCUACUUGGGUGAAGUUGCUAGAAUCAGUGGACGAAGUGGUUACACUGGAUAAUAAACUAAAAGAUAAAACCCAGUAUACUAAUUUGCUUGAUAGUUUGAAAAAGAUUGGUGGUGGAAAGCCAAGAGAACAUGUUUUUUUGAUCAUGAAAAGUUUAUUGUUAAAAUAUUUAUCAGGUUAUUUUCGAAUCAGUUACAGUCCAAAUUGAAAAGGAAAUGGG